GUGAAAUGUUUUGGAGUGCGCAGCACGCGCGGGCUCAGAAUGGUGCGGUUAAAAGCCAGGUAUCUGCUGUGUGAGGUGUGUGUUUCAGACUCCAGCAGUUUGCAGUUGUUGGAGGAAAGAGGCAUUUAUCAGGCGGUGAGAGCGGCGGUGGUUAAAGCGCAUGGAGAAUACGGAGCUGCUCGCUUCAGCAUCGGUUCUUCAGUGGCCUACGUGAACGCAUACACCGGCGUGGUGAUGCUGCGCUUCCGGAAAGUCCAUUAUCAGCUCCUCUGGUCUGCUCUGCCCUUCAUCACCAGCAUAUGGAGCCAGGGGAAGAAAGUGCAGUGCUUCUUCAACUGUAUACACGUCGGAGGCACCAUCAGAACGUGUCAGAAGUUCCUCGUGCGAUACGGGAGACAGCAGCUGUGCCGAAUGCUGCCGCACUGUAAGACUGAGGCUGAAAAACAGGAAGUGAGGAGAGCGGUGCUGAGCUGCUCACUCCAAAAAUUCAACGUAGAUGAUGAAGGUGAUGACGAUGAAGGUAGUGAAGAGGAGGAAACCUAACUAUACAUCACAUACAUUGAAUACAACUAUACAUCGAACUGGCUAAUGCCUCUACCUGGUCGGGUUUCACUUCCCUGUUUAGCCCCAGUGUUUAUUCAAGAACCCUUGGAAUCAUCCUGGAGUUUAUGGCAUCCCUGAUUUUAUUUGAUAACUUUGUUUGUUUGUUUUACACAUGCUGUAAAUGAGGCAGGUAGUUACUGUAAAGACACAUCUUAUUCAUCUACGCUUGAUGUAAAAUUAUGCUUUGCAUGCGUUUUUUAGGCGUUUUCUGCUUAAAAGUGUUCUCAUGUUAUAAUAGUCUGCCUCAUCUGGACUGACUGAAGAAGUUUCUUAUUUUGUUGUAAAUGUCAUUGCAUAAUGAAAAAGAAAUUCAG